CAUUAUAAUGACUGCAAUGACUUGAUUAAAAAUGAAAGAUGGAAGUUGAUACUAGUACUAACCUGAAUUUCUUGGCCUAAGAAUGGCCUUUUCCUGAAUCAAUCUUCAAAUUCGCUCCUUCAAUCUCCAAUGAACAACUUCGGCUUAGAGCCAGAACCAAAAAACUGUUUGGGAUGUUAAUAUUUCUAUUUUUUGUAGCGUUUUUUCUUCUUCCCCUCGUUCCCCCUUCUCCCCUUGUUUGGGGGGUAAAACAGCUCCUUAUAUAUGGCUGCCUUUUACUGUUCAUACAUGUGUGUUGGCUGCUCCUCCUUUGCUCUUGAAGUGGUAGCCUUAGCCACUUAUGUUGUUGGCAAUUUGGGAUUGGUUCUUGGAGGAGGUGGCCGAAAUCUUCUUUUUUAGAUUUGGCAGAGACUCUGCUGCUCUGCUACUCUGCUGCUCCUUUAGAUAAGAAUGAUGGGUUUGGUUGACGGGGUUGACCAUAGUUGGCCCGGGCUGACCAUACUUGAUUGGGUUGACCCGGGUCGACCAAGUUGACCAGAGUUGACCAGAGUCAAUUGGGCCUGAAUAUGGGCCUGGGUUGUGGUUUUUUUAUUUUAGGUUGUUCUUCUAACAUUUUCUUUUUUGUUUGCAGGUCUCUAGUCCGUUUCCGGCCCAAAAUGAUGAUCAAUGGGGGCCCAAACAGUCUUAAUUGGCUAAGCCCCCAAUUCUGAUUGGUGCCCAAAAGAAAAAGAAGUCCUAUUUUAUUCAUCCUCAAUUCCUUAUCAAAUGUAAUAAUUAUUAGUUGUACAUUUGUACUUUGUAAUUAUGCAUGUAAUUAUUUUUGCGACUUAUAAUUAGAAUGAUCGUGUAAUUAUUGUAUGGCCAACUAUUCAAUUGAUUUGCUUCCACCUAGCUUGUUUAUUCUUUUUCCUGAUCGUGACCCACAUCCCAACUUCUUAAAUAAGUAGUUCUUGAUUAUGAAUUUCGACCAAUAUUGACCAAUAUCAGUAAGUUUAAUAUGGUCUUCCUAUCUCAUUUGACCAAUUUCAAACCUAUGUAACUAAUCAUUAACCGUAAUACUAGUGUAGUCGUGACGGCGUACUAUUGUUAUUCUAAAUAAAGCGAAUUUGGUAGUCAUUAGCUACUGCUAAUCCUACCUAGUACAGAUAUUCGAACUAAACAGAAAGAGGACUUCGAAAUUAUUGGUACUUGUUGAUUUGCCACUGCUAAUCUCAACCAACCUCGUCCAAACUUUCACUUGGGUUUUCUUUUUAAUUUUUAAAUGGAAUAUUCUUCCGAAUUUUGAGUAGGAUGGUUGCUCCGGACAAAAUGUGGUGUCUACAAUAUCUAAACAUCAAUUUUGUCUUGUGGCAUUUAUAGCAACUUAGUUUUUGAGUCAUGUUGGAUUGCCUGUGGUAUUUGGCAGCUUGGGUUCAUGUUGAUUGCGUUGAUAUGGAAGUUUGAUUUCUCCCCAUUCAUGGUUUUGAUCAUCGCCGUACUCAAUGACGGUGAGCCUAAUUAAUCAAAGUUUCUUCUGUUUUUCCUGUUAGCAAGAGAGGAGGAAGCUAAAUUCGGCUAAUUCGUGAUACAUGAACGAUCAUGACGAUAUCAAAGGAUCGAGUGAAGCCAUCUCCGCAGUCGGACAGUUGGAAGGACAAAACAGCUUCCCCAUUUCAAAUUUGCUGCCUCAGGAGCGUUUCUCGGAGGGACAAUCUUGGAAAUCAACAAUAUUUUCGGAUGCUGACGGCGGCCAAAUUAGUCGGGCUUUUUUUCCCUCUUUCGCCGACCUGGCAGACCAUUUUCGGAGAUUUGUAUUCUUCUUUCUCUUUCUUUCCUCUGCACGACCAACAACCCUCGGCGAAAUCCUUUAAAGCAGUUCACCACUCCAGAGUAGGAUGAACUCCCGGCGAAUGGUUCAACAGCGAAUGGUUCAACAGAAGCCUCUCAGGUGUUUAGCCUUCGAUUUCCAUUUCUCUUCUCCCACCUCUUAGUCGGAAGAAAAUUCUGCGUGUGAGGUAAGAUACAGGUGUAAUCAAAGGUUGUGUUUUUAUCCCUCUCCCUCUUUAGUUUUUAACCCAUAUCAUUAUUAUAGUGGCACUGGGUUGUUCCAGCGGAGGUCACCAGCGUAGCUGCUUCCCUGCUUCUCGGAUCGCCGCCAACUGUUGGGGUCCCUGAAUUUGUGUCGGCGAUUGUAUUAUUCACAGGUUUGUUUUAUCUUUGAAUAAACCAAGAAAGGUAAUCUCGAUAGGGUUACCUUUGAGGGUAAGCUUUAUUACCGGUUGCCUCUACGUAGAAUCUUUGGAUAUGGUUUUCUUCUUCACAAUCAAUAGAUGAAUGCAAAUGGAAGUACACUCUAGCUUAGGAUGGUGUGUGGGUGCUGAAUCAGACACUGUGAAGUCUGCGUCUUAAUCUCAACUUCAUUCAACUUAUAUCCCGUGUGGGUUCCUUCAUUACAAUUCUAUAGUAUCCCGCCAUUAGCUCCUUGAUGCAGGUGGUUGUCCUGUCAUUGACCCAAAAUUUGUCCUGCCAGUAGCUCUUAUUCUAUCAUUAUCUGUGACCUCUUGCUGAAAUAUGAAACCACAUCCUGCUGUAGAUUACGUCAUUUGUUCGGUUAGUCUUCUUAGCAUCAAUAUGAUGUAUGUUUAGCCAACUAUUUUCGUUUACCAAAUUCAAUAGAAUCCAAUCCCUUUUUAGUUACCUGUACUGAUAACAAGGCUGCAUUAUAGAUUAUUAAAAUAAUCAUAACAUUUGUGACUUCCAAACAUAAAACAAUAAUCUCUAAACCUGUAUAUACUAGACUUCAUAUGAUGCUUCUUUUCGCUCAUAGAACUGACGAACAUUAUCAAUCUUUAUCACUCUGCUAAAGGAGCAGAUUAUCUAUUCUUACCUGAAAUUUUAUCAUACUGGAAACCUUUUCAUUGAGUUGUCAUGUUCAUGCAUCUGCAACAUAGUAGUAGGAAGCUAUUUCUUUACUCUUACAUGGUCAUAAUGGCAAGACAUUAUUGAGUGGCUGGUACAGACCUAGGAAUCUAGAAUACUAAACUCAUUCAACUGCAUUCUGAUACCUGCAAUCUUAUAAACUGUUUCGUUCACACAAAUACUUACAUAUCACCGGCCAAUUGGUAUGAUGUUCGAUGCAGAUAUACUCUUGGCACAAGCAUUUGGUUCCAAAGCAACUCUCAGGUUUGACACUAGCUUCAGAGAAUUUACGAUGCACGCUUGGUGUUUCUUAUCCAUUAUUGUUGUGUGAAUGGUUAUAUCUUGGUGGGAAUCAUCCAGUUUUAGCAGCAUAAGUUUGAUCUAGCAGUCUCAUGACAAUGUUGUGUGCACAGAUCAGUUAUGAUUAAUGCAUGUAAUGAAGCAGUUAGAAGAAGCAUUGAUAACUAUGACCAAAAUAAAAUGUUAAAGUUUCC